AUUAGAAACAUAGCAACGUCAUGGUAAAACCUUAAAAGUCUUUAACAAAGAAAUAAAGUAUGACAAAUUCAGAACGGCUUCCCUUGGUUGAGUUGAGUCCAGUUAUAUCAUGUGCUGCCAACGAAACCGCGUUAAAAGCUUUACUCUUCUUAGAAGAGAACAGUUAGAUCAUUGAAGAAAGAUUCGAUCUUUUCCUUGAGAGAGAGAAAUGAUGGAGUUGGGGUUGAGUAGAAGUAUCUGCUCAUUUCUCUUAGUUUUUCUGUUUGUGGGUUUGUCUUCUUCAGCUUUCAUUUCAGAUGAUGUCUUUGGAUCUCAUGCUACGGCUGGCAGAAGCCUUCUUCAAGCUAAGAAAGCUUGUCCGGUGAACUUUGAGUUUCUCAAUUACACCAUCAUCACAAGCCAAUGCAAAGGACCAAAGUUCCCAGCUGAUAGCUGUUGUAAUGCUCUCAAGGAAUUUGCUUGCCCUUACACUGAGGAAAUUAAUGACCUAACUACAGAUUGCGCAUCAAUCAUGUUCAGCUACAUUAACCUGUAUGGAAACUACCCUCCGGGCCUUUUUGCUGCUGAGUGUCGGGAAGGUAAGGAAGGACUCGCAUGCCCUGCACUCGCACCAUCAAUGACAGACAACGCAAACACAGGUACCAUUGUACCUAAUCCAUCCACACUGCUACUGGUGACAAUUAGCUUCGUAGUGUUGGUAUACCAGUUACUAUGAAGUCAUGCAAGUGUGAAUUCUUGUGAUUGUUGAUUGUUCAUACGUUGGCCGGUCUUUAAUUUUGUUUCAAUUUUGGGAUUCUUGAUCCAAGUAAAACAAGGCAUACGGAAAAUUUAAUAUAUGUAACGGUGUUGUAUUGUGUGAUGGUUUGUUUAAAUCCAAGUAUUUUGAUUGAAACAUGAAA